CGGAUACCGCGCCUGAUGUGGCAGUCGCCAAAUUGCCGUGUACGAUGGACUUGGUCGUACGCGUGCCAGAGGCGAAGGACCUCAAGUCCCUCGACGCAAUACGGGACGUCGUCCACCCCUACGUCUUUAUCCGGUACGGCGGCCACACGAAGAAGUCGCUGGUCCACAAGAAGGGCAAAGACGCGCCGCGUUGGGACGUCGAAGCGCGGUUUGGCGCGAUCGACUACAUUCGACACCCCAACAUCUCACUCGAGGUGUACGACGAGGACCCGUGGGGUCGCGGCGAUAUGUUUCUCGGUGCUUGCGCCGUCCAAGUGCCCGUCGAUACGAUCGCGUUUGAGCGAUGGCUGCCCAUUUGGCACGGCGGCGAACCGACCGGCAGCCUCCUCAUCCAAUGCGACAGCUUCGACACGCUCGACGUCUGCGCCAACUACGUGCGUCCGUCCAUGUCGCUCUCGCUCUCAGUGUCGAAGCGCGAGUCGAUCUUUGAUGGUGAGCUCGAGAUGAGCAAGCCACGGUCGUUCUCGACGGCCACGACUGCCAACGGCGGCUCGUUCGACGAUGUCGACGCGUCGGUGCUGAGCGCUGUGGACGUCGGCCGACCGCUUCUCAAGAAAGCUAGCACGUCGUCGACUUCAUCCUCCUUGGCAGGCGACGCACUCGAGCUACCCCGCAUUGACACGGACGAGCUCGUGCUCACGCUGCCGCUGGGCACCGGAGUCUAUGGCUCUGUCGCGCAAGGCGUCUACCGCGGGAAAGACGUUGCGAUCAAGACAUUCCACCACACGAACGCGGGCACUGACUGCUUUGAGCAUGCACUCGAGCUCCAAACCAAGCUCCGCUCCAAGUUCAUUGUCCAGCUGUACGGCAUCGGCUACACGCGCUGGGGCCAGCCACAGCUCGUCAUGGAGUUUAUGGAGGCCGGCAACUUGCACCAGUUUAUCGAUACGACGCAUGCGUCACCGUGGUCCGCACGGCUUGUCUCGCGCGUGCUCGACGUCACGACCAGCGUCGCUAGAAGCGUCGCGUCCAUCCAUGGUCAAGGCGUCGGCCACUGCGAUUUGCGUCCGUCCAACAUCCUCCUCGACGAGAACGACCGCGUCAAGCUAAGCGACUUUGGCCUCCCGAGCGCAAGCGCGCCCGUGGGACUUGCUAUUUACUGGACAGCCCCCGAGGUGCUGCAAGGCCAGGCGCCCUCGUUGGCCGCCGACGUCUACGCCCUCGGCGUCAUUUUGACCGAGAUGGAGACGCUCCAGCGACCAUACAGCGACUUUCGAGGAUCGCGGAGUCGGCUUUUGCCACACGUGAGCAAUGGCUUGCUUCGACCGUCGCUGAGCGCCGUGUGUCCAUCGUGGUACCGACAGCUAGCGACCGAUUGCAUGGCGCAGAACCCGGCGCAGCGCCCGUCGGCUGCUGAUGCUGUCACAAUUCUCGACACAUUCCUCUCAUCCUACUGAUCUUAUCUACUAAGUUAUUUGUGUGU